GUGUAUAGUUUUCAUGCAAUCAUCUUAUAAAUAAGCGCCCCUAAUAAUUACUCGCUCAGUUCGUAUCCAACGGCCUCCUUUCCUUUGAGCCAUUCCCAAGCAGUGACAUCAGAAUGGGGCAUCAUGUAAUUUGUGGGCUUUAUACCAUUCUCUCCCUACUCCUAGUGUCGAGCACCCGUCUAUCCGCUGGAGACGAUGGCUUGGUCCGCAUUGCAUUAAAGAAGAGGCCCCUGAUGGAAGCCAUCUAUAACAAACAAGUGCCAAAGAGUAAGGUUGAUCCGGUAAGGGAAGCAGUGAACCAAGUUCGCGCCCAGGCACAAAGAAUGUUCACAGAGGCCGCGGCCAUGGAACAACGGCUCAAGCGUCAAUGGAGUCACAGAGGUAUCCGAGUAAACAAACGUGUGCGCGAAGGCUACGAGGGCAUCAUCCCGCUGAAGAACUACAUGGACGCUCAAUACUAUGGGCAGAUUGGAAUUGGCUCCCCGCCACAAAAUUUCACGGUGAUCUUUGACACCGGGAGCGCAAACCUCUGGGUCCCUUCCGCCGAGUGCUUCUUUUCGCUUGCUUGCUACUUCCAUCCCAAGUAUGUAUCAAGACGGUCCAUCACUUACAAGGAGAACGGAACACCUGCUUCCAUUCAUUAUGGAAAAGGAGCAAUUUUUGGAUUUUACAGUCAAGAUCAAGUAACUAUUGGUGGUUUAGUUGUAAACAAUCAGGAAUUCAUUGAAGCUACUUAUGAGCCUGGAUUUACAUUCUUAGCAGCAAAAUUCGAUGGCAUCCUUGGACUUGGAUUUAAGGAGAUUUCGGUUGAAGGCGCAGAUCCAGUUUGGUACAAUAUGGUUGCACAAGGACUUGUGAAACAACAUGUUUUCUCCUUUUGGUUAAAUCGAAAUGCAAACAAUGGGGAAGGAGGUGAAAUUGUUUUCGGAGGUAGUGAUCCCAAACACUACAAAGGUAGCCAUACAUACACCCGAGUAACCCGAAAAGCAUACUGGCAGUUUGAAAUGGGAGACUUUCUUAUUGGUGGAAAGAGCACUGGAAUCUGUGUGGAUGGAUGUGCGGCAAUAGCAGACUCCGGAACUUCAUUGAUUGCUGGUCCAAUAGGUGUCAUUGCCCAAAUCAAUGAGCGAAUUGGAGCUACCGGAGUGGCUAACGAAGAGUGCAAACAAGUCGUUUCUGGAUAUGGACAAGAAAUGAUAGAGUUGCUGAAAUCUGAGACACCACCAGCACAAGUGUGUUCGAAGAUUGGGCUCUGCGCAUUCGAUGGAACUAGUGGAGUAAGUGCUGGUAUUGAGAGGGUAGUGGGAGAGGCACGUACAACAUCUGUAGACGGCAUGUUUGACGCUACAUGCAAUGCGUGCGAGAUGGCAGUAACUUGGAUGCAAAGCGAAUUCGUUCAGAAUCAUACCAAGGAGGGCACGUUGGAGUAUGUCGGUCGGCUCUGCCACAAUAUGCCUAGUCCCGUGGGCUCAUAUGUGGACUGUAGACACAUUGAUUCCCUGCAAAGUGUCUCGUUCAGCAUAGGUGGAAGGAUAUUUGAGCUCCAACCAGAGCAGUACAUUCUCAAGAUUGGCGAUGGAUUCAUGGCUCAGUGUAUCAGCGGAUUCACGGCUUUGGACAUUCCCCCUCCAGUAGGCCCUCUCUGGAUACUGGGCGACGUCUUCAUGGGCGCAUAUCACACCGUCUUUGACUACGACAAGAUGAGUGUUGGCUUCGCAGAUUCCGCAUGAGAGAAGCAUUUCACUGAUGUAUUGUCUUCGACUGAGCAAAACAAGGCCAUUUCGACACCAUGAAUUAUAUCAAGAUGUAUUUGCGUGCUUGAUAGCCUUAGAUAUACUUGCAUGUUAGUCCUGUCUGUCUCACAAAUACUUCCUCCGUUCCUAAAUAUAAGUCUUUUAAGAGAUUUCA